GGAGCUGUCCACCGCCGGACGUGGAGCUGUCACCUCGUCCCUCUCCUACUCCAGCGAGCACAUAAAGCUGAUCUGAGGAGCAGAGACGUGCGCACUGAGCUCCAGCAGCCUCGGAGCCGUUUCUAUGACACUACCACAAACUUCCCAUGAAUUCAGCCGUGCAGCGCCUGGCGUGACCGCAGUGCCAGACGGAGGAGAGAGGAGGAGGAAGAGGAGAAAGGGCGGAGGAAGGGAGGAGCAGUGUGCACAGAUCUGACGCAGUGUGAGCUGCUGCCGCCUCGUUUCCACUCUGCACUGCCAGGAAUACACGGAGCUGCUCGGAAAGCCCCCAGAAACCCGCGGAUCGAUCCACAAACCAGCAUCCAGAGGACGGGCUCUGUGGCGAUGGGGACGCCGGUGAUGACCGAAACGCACCGGACCUCUGGUUUGGGAUUAGACGCGGAGCAGUGACGACGGUGGUUUGCUUUCAUUGUGCGCUGAGUGGCGCAGGAGAAAAGGAUGCUUCCGCGGACACACACACUCCGUCUGGUCCCGUUGAAAAGCUCGAUCAUUUCUCGACAGAACCUGGCCUUUCUGCCGUGCCUGACGGAGGGUUUAUUGUUGAUGAGCGUGCUGAUCUAUGCAGGACCCCCUCCACCAUGCUGGCCGCUCCGGAGCCAUGAAAACUCUCAAUGAAAACAAGGACGACGACGAGGAGGAGGAGGAGGAGGAGGGGUCGGGCUGUAACGCCAUGGAGGACAAGGAGAACAAUCUGAAAACGGCCAGGUUGUGGAGGGACGCCGCCCUGCGCUCCAGGAAGCUGCGGAGCAACCUGCGCCAGCUCACCCUCUGCUCCAAAAACAACCAGAUCAUACUGCCUGAGGAUAUAGCAGAGAUAGAGGUGCUCAAUCUGGGCAACAACUCCCUGCAGGAGCUACCCGACGGGCUGGGGGCCGCCCUCAACAACCUGCGCAUCCUCAUCCUUCGCAGGAAUAAGUUCACCUUUGUCCCCCUGGUGGUGUUUGAACUGGGGCAGCUGGUGGAGCUGGACAUGAGCCACAACUGCCUGAGAAGCCUCCCCGAAGGUGUGGGCCACCUGAAGGGGCUGAAGAAGCUAUGCAUCAGUCACAACAAAAUCCAGUAUCUGCCAGCUCAGAUUGGAGCACUUCAGUUUUUGGAGGAACUGGACAUUAGUUUCAACGAUCUGCACAACCUGCCCAGGACUUUCUCCAGCCUCGCCAGGCUGCGCACUCUGGAUGCAGAUCACAACAAGCUGAACCAGUUCCCCCCUGAGAUCCUGGCCCUCAGCGAGCUGGAGGAACUCGACUGCUCCGGGAACAAGUUUGAGGUGUUACCAGCAGACGUCAUGAAGCUGCAGUCCAUCAAAAUCCUGUGGCUCAGCUGUCUCCACAUGUCCACAUUACCUGACACAUUCUGUCACCUGCACAACCUGGAGAGCCUGAUGCUGGACGGGAACAACCUCACAGCGCUUCCGCCUUCGUUUGGAAACCUACAAAGACUCAAAAUGAUCAAUUUGUCCUCUAAUGAGUUUGAGAACUUCCCCCAUGUGAUUUUAAGCAUCACAGGAUUAGAGGAACUCUACCUAAGCAGGAAUAAACUGACUCAUAUUCCAGAGGGCAUCGGGCAGCUGGGGAAGCUGGCGAACCUCUGGCUGGAUAAUAACAGCAUCAGCUUUCUGCCUGACUCUGUCGUGGAGCUGGACAAGUUGGAGGAGCUUGUUUUACAGGGUAACCAAAUAGCCAUACUUCCAGAUAACUUUGGAAAGCUGUCCAAUGUGAACAUCUGGAAGGUGAAGGACAACCCUCUCAUCCAGCCUCCAUAUGAGGUGUGUAUGAAGGGGAUCCCUUACAUCGCAGCCUAUCAGAAGGAGCUCGCACAUUCACAGCUUGCUGUAAAGCCGCGACUGAAACUGGUCCUGAUGGGAAUGCAGAGCGCUGGGAAAACCCGGCUGAGGCAGAGCGUGGUUGGCAGUCAGCAGGAGGCCCAAGGGAUCAAGGGAAACGGAGGAAUCGAAGUCACUAACUGGGUGGCAGAUGCUGAGCGCUGUCUCACAUUUCUAGUGUACGACUUGUCAGGGAAGCAAAACUAUGACCUCAUCAAACCCUUUUUCCUGUCCCCCGGUGCUCUCUACAUCCUUGUUGUCAAUCUCAAAACAUAUUCUCCCAAAAACUUUUACGCCCAUGUCGGGUAUUUCCUGCACCUCCUCGCUGCCAAAGUGCCCCAUACUGUUGUGUGCUUGGUGGGCACACACACAGACCUGUGUGAGGAGGCGGAGCUGGAGGAGAAGAGUCUGGACAUCCACAGACAGAUCGGUCUGCAGGAGAAGAAGGACAGGCGGACCCUGAGGAACCUGGCUCUGCAGGUGGACCAGGCACUGGAGCAGGGCUACAACGUCCGCACCUCCAGCCCCCACGUCCUUUUCUACGGAGUCUCAGACAGGAACCUGAGGCGCAGGAAAGCUCAGCUGCAGUACAUGCUGAACCACCGGCUGCAGAUCCUGUCUCCAGUCUUGAGUGUCAGUUGCACCGAGAACCAGAUGAACAUCCAGAGAUUGAGGGAGAAGCUCAUGUCUGUCGCAGACCACAGGGAGAUCUUCCCCAACCUCCACCGUGUGCUGCCAAAGUCCUGGCAGAUGUUGGAGGAGUUGCACUUUAAGCCCAAAGACCUGUGGCUCUCCUGGUGGGACUCGGCCCGUCUGGGCCUCCAGGUGGGGCUCACAGAGGACCGACUACAGAGCGCCUUAUCCUACCUGCAUGAGAGCGGGAAGCUGCUCUACUUUGAGGACAGCCUCACCCUGAAGGAGUAUGUGUUUCACAACCUGCCACGUUUCAUUGCAAUCCUUAAUGUCUUCUUCCAGAGGGAUGAGUCCACUCUGCUGGACCGGCUGCUGGCUGAGGGGGAGAGGGGGGACAAAAGCAGGGUCAGUCUGGUUAUAGAGGACGAGAAGGGUGAGAACCUCAGGGUGAACCAUCUUCAGCACCAUGUGGAGGGAUUCCUCCAGCACGGCCUUUUGCCCUCCAACAUCAUCCGCCUGCUCCUCAGGCCACUCAUCCAGACCCAGCAGGACCUGCACCUCGUCAUGGAGCUGCUGGAGAAGAUGGGCAUCUGCUACUGCAUCAACAAACCCCGUAGCAAGCCUCUGAAUGGAGCCACGGCGUGGUACAAGUUCCCCAGCUACGUCAGCAACGAGGAGCUCCGGGCGGAGGCCUCGGCCGAUGGGAGCUGUCUGCCCCAUUGUCACGCCUUCUCUGUGGAGCAGCUGCACAUCCAGUACAGCUUCCCCUUCCUGUUUCCUCCCGGGCUGUUCUCCCGCUUCAGUGUGCAGAUCAACAGCCACGUGGUCCAGAGGUCGGACGGCAGGCGUCAGAUCCUGGCAUAUCGAGGUAAAGUCCCCGUGGUCAUCAGUCACCAGCCGUCCAGAGGGAAUCUGCAGACAGAGACACUAUCCAUCGCCAGCCACGCCUCGCUGCCCAACAUCUGGACCGCAUGGCAGGCCAUCACCCCGCUGGUGGAGGAGCUGAAUGUGCUGCUGCAGGAGUGGCCUGGCCUGCACUACUCGGUACAUAUCCUCUGCUCCAAGUGCCUCAAGAGAGGGUCGUCCAGCCCACACGCCUUUCCAGGGGAGCUGCUGAGCCAGACUCGGCCCGAGGGCCUCACCGAGAUCAUCUGUCCAAAGAACGGCUCGGAGCGGGUCAACGUGGCGCUGGUGUACCCCCCAACUCCCACCCUGCUCAGCCCCUGUCUUAAAUGAGCCGAGCACUGUCCCGGCUCGACUCGCUGCAUCACCAGAGCCUCCACCUCCGACUGCCCCUCUGCUGCACCCCCCCGGACCUCCAGCUGCAGGCUGUACACUGCAUCCCUACUUCACCUGUAGGCACAGUACUGCAUUCUGACUCCUUUCAGUGGUGGAAGAAGUACUCUGGUCCUUUACUUCAGUAAAAGCAGUAAUAACUGUGUAUAAAUACUGCAUUCAAAAUGUUACUUAAAUACAGAAGUAUCAGCAUCCAAAUCUACCUGAAGUACCAUCAGUACCAGUA